AUGGUCAUCAACACGUGGGGCGGACCCUUCACUGCUGCCACCGACGCUGCGUACCAGGCGCUCCUGAAGCCGGGCACCUCGGCCCUCGACGCCGUCGAGAUCGGCUGCGCGACCUGCGAAGCCAAUCAGUGCGACGGCAGCGUCGGUUUCGGAGGGUCCCCGGGCGAGAACUGCGAGACGACUCUCGACGCCAUGAUCAUGGACGGAGUGACCAUGAAAUCCGGCUCCGUCGCCGCCCUCCGCCGCGUCAAGAAUGCGAUUGGAGUAGCCCGCCAUGUGCUUGAAUACACUUCGCACACCAUGCUGGCCGGCGACCUCGCGACGGAGUUUGCCAUCGAGAACGGCUUUACCGCUGAGACCCUAUCAACUGAGGCAUCCACCGAAAGAUGUGCUGAAUGGAAGAAGGGCAACUGCCAGUCAAAUUACAGACAGAACGUCAGCCCGGAUCCGAAGACUGCGUGCGGCCCAUACACGCCGGUUGAGCUCGACUCCAGCUCUCCAGACUACUUCAACCUCAUCGCGCCGAACUCCGCCCAAGCCUCUCACGACACCAUCUCCAUGACAGCAAUCGAUGCCAAUGGAAUCAUGGCGGCGGGUACGUCGACGAACGGCGCUUCGUUCAAGGUUCCUGGGCGCGUGGGCGAUGGGCCUAUCACUGGCUCCGGCUCGUAUGUUGACGGUGAUGUCGGGGCUUGCGGCGCUACGGGUGAUGGCGACAUCAUGAUGAGGUUCCUGCCGUGUUAUCAGGCUGUUGAGAGCAUGAGGAGGGGUAUGACCCCGGAGGAAGCAGCGCGAGAUGCCGUCGUUCGCAUGGUCAAGAAGUACCCGGCAGUAUCAGCUGGCAUCGUGGUGGUCAACAACAAGGGCGAGCAUGCAGGGGCAGGUUCGGGUUGGACUUUCACCUAUGCAUACAGAGGCGGGACGAUGAAUGCGACACAGGUUGUCACUGUGCCUCCGGUCGUCGUUGGUCGGUCAUUGACGGUUCAGAUGCCUUAG